UUCCUCCGCAGCAUUAAAUAGUACCAUCAUUUCAUUUCCAUAUUUUAAAAUUUACUGGAUAAUCUGCAAAUUUUUUCAGCUUAAAUUACCUACUAAAACACGUACUUUUCAGGACAAUUUUUGUUGUUUUAAAAUUCUUGUGUCCGUAAAGUCGAACGCACCCCCCUGAUAUGUUUCUUAUCUUAACCCCAAACCAGCAACUACCAGAGAUUUAUAACCAGAGAUAUAGGGGGGUACAUUUUAUUUCUAGAGACACAAAAUAAAUCCAAAUUAUAUUAAAAAAUUUCUUUUGCCUAUAUAUCAAAACGGAUAACGUUAAAUUUUAAAUAAUGCAUUUAAUAUUUCAUUUAUUAUAAAAGCAAACCGUUUAGCCUAUAUGUUUUUUAGUACCAGUUCUUUAUGAUGUCCUAUUACUUGGUAAAUUGUUGUAACGCCUAGAGAUGGUUUGUAUUUUGGGAAAAUAAUGGGAAGAUCAACAACAUUUACAUUCUUGACUGUUAGCUAGAUACUUAGAUUAUGUAACAUGCUACCUAAUUGAUGUAUACUAUAAUUUUAAUUUAAUACUUAUAAUGGAUGAAAUGCUAUUUAGAAGUUCACAAAGGCUGGAGUCCAUGCAGGUACAAGCAGAAAUUGUUGCUUCCAAGACAAAAGAUCUUCUAGGAACAUAUUCUCUACAGAGUAAAGCAUUAUUGAUGCAAACAUGGAACAGCGGCAAAGUAGAACAGUUCAAAACAAACGUUCUUCAACUUAUUAAUUUUCUAGUAGAAACAUCAAAGAACUUUAAAACUCAAAUAAUAAAUAUUGCUGAUCCCAAACAUAUAUGGAUUCUUUUAACACAAAAAAUAGGAGGAAAAUGGACAACAAAAGAAACUACUUUAGCUUGUGCAGGAUUCUUAGUGGGUAGCAUAGUUGGGGUUGCAAUUGGGCUAGCCAUAAGAAAGAAGGAACCAAUUAUAAGAUAUAUGCAAGCGAUUUGGAUUGAGCAUUACCAAGGUCCAGAAAGUGUUACUGUUGUAGAAAAUGCAGAAGCACCUUAUGAAUGUGGUGACUAUGAUGUACUAGUAAAUGUUAAAGCUGGUUCUGUACAAAUUAUCGAUUCCCAAAUUUGUUGGGGAUAUGGCAAAACAUUAAGAUAUAUCUUGAGGAGGAUACUUAAGGAGAAAGAGCUUCCAGUUAUUCUAGGAAGGGAUUGUACAGGGAUCAUAACAGAUUUAGGAAAAAAUGUAAAAAGAUUAGAUGUUGGAGAUGAAGUAUGGGUUACUGUGCCAUUUUGGUCCAAAGGAACUUUGUGCCAAACAAUUUUAGUGUCUGAAAACAGGGUAGCCCGUAAACCAAAGAAUGUGGGUUUUGAAGGUUCCUGCAGUAUACCUUAUGCUGGCAGUCUUGCCUUAUCUGCACUGUCUGAUGCUUCAAUAGAUUGCAUUACUGUGAAAUCAAAAAAGUUCCUUAUACAAGGUGGAUGUACACCGGUUGGGUGUAUUUUGAUUCAACUUUUGAAACAUUGGAAAGCACAUGUGGUGACAACAUGUUAUACCAGGGCUCUACCCAUAGCUAAAGCUUUGGGGGCUCAUGAAAUAAUAACUAUAGAUGACAUAGAUGAAGAAAAAAAUUACACUGUUGACAAUCAUGAACUAUUCAAACAGUUAGAAGGGAGAGGUGAACUAUUUGAUGUCAUUAUAACAACACAGUGUAUAGGUUUGGAUAAUUUUAAACAGUUUUGCAAGGAAGAUGGACAAUUAAUCUCAACUUUUCCAAAAACUCUUCCAUCGGAUGAAUUUGGAUUCCUGAAUAAAUCAUUUUUGGCUCAGCAUAUUGAAUUCAAAUACUUAAUAAAAGAUAUAAUAGGAUCAUCCUUGGAGAUCUAUGAUGAGGCUCAUCUAUGUUAUUCCACACUAGAUAAAUUAACUGAAUUAGUAGAGGAUGGUAUUCUACAAACUGUUGUAGACAGAGUCUUCCAACCAAAAGAUAUAGAACUAGCUUUAAAUUACAUACAGUCACCUGCUUCCAUAGGAAGUACAGUGAUAACAUUCAGGUGAAACAAAUAUACAAAAGUACUAUACGAUCGAAAAUACGGCGUUAGAGUUGUCUUGAAAUGACCAAUGGUGACGUUUUGUAUUAAAAUUGCUAUGAGAGACUAAAUCGCCCAGGUUCAACCAACGUUGCCAAAUGUCACUGCACCAACUUUAUAUUAGCGGAACGAAGUAUGCCUCUUCAUAGUUUAUUUGCAAAAGCAGCAGUGGCUCAGUUGGUGAGGCGUUUUGGAAGUCAGAGGUCUCGAGUUUGAGCCUUGACAGAUAUACAACUUUUUUAUAUUUUUUUAAAGUGUCGAGAUUGAGAGGUUGGUCUAGUGAUUUAAUUGCGUUGGUUUCACUCUUUUUUGGAUUAAUUAUUUGGUGGGGUUAGUAGCGUUAGUUAUUCGGUGGAGUUGAUUGCGUUGGUUAGGUUAGCUAUUUGCUGGGGUUGGUUUGGUUUUUACUAAUUUAUAUUUGUUUAGCGUUGUUAGCCGUAAAUUGUUAUGCGUGUUUUGAUUACGUUGGUUUGUCUCUCGGGUAAGUUUUUAUUUAAAUUGCACGCGAAAUACCCGACCGAGUAAAAGUGAACAUUUGGCAACGUUGAUCGAGUCUGGGCGAUAAAACCUUUCGUAAAAUUGCUGGGUGAAUGUCAUCAAUGACAUUUUCAAGGUAAUUUGACGGCGUUGUUUUAUCAUGGUGUAUGUGAACCUCUGGGUAUAAGUAGUCUAAAUUAUUUAAUAGAAAUACCAAUGAAAAAAAAUUGUUUUUUUAUCAAUUUUUUACGGAUCGAAAUGUUGAGAAAUCUAUUUUGUUGACUGUUCGUGUAAUUAUUGUUGUUAAAUUAUGAAAUGUAUUAUCUGGUUUUAUAUGUAAUUUUUACUGCCGGGAUAUUUUAUAAAAUUUUAGAACAGAAAAUAAUAUAUAAAUGUGACAUAUAUUUACAAGA